GAGUGGUGUUUUUCGCGCGGUCCCCGUAGACUUAAACGAUUUUGCCAAUACGCGCAGUGUUUCUCUCGAGCCGUUCUCGUUUCCACUGCAGUCAUUGCCAAUCAAAUAUCAUUCAAGAUUGUAAACAGCACGCCGUAUUCGGAAACGACAAGACGUAUAUAACGAGCAUCAGAAAAAAAUCCGAUCUCCAUUAUAAUAAUAAUACAAUCAUGCGAUCUACGGGUUUGAUUCCUGCGAUUACCGCGGCGAAGUUAUUAUAAUAGUGAUUUCUCAGUGAUACAAUCAUAACAUCAUGCACAUCAAACUCAACGUUCCGCCGGUCUUCAAACAGAUGUUCGCUGCAUCCGGACCUCUGAUUGUGACGCUCGGUUCUGGGAUGACCGUCGGGUUUUCGGCUGUACUGUUACCACAGCUCAAGGACCACCAAUCGACCAUCAAAAUCAGCAGCCAUCAAGAGUCGUGGAUAGCCAGCAUGGCAGCGCUACCGAUGGCCGCGGGCAGCGUGCUGGGUGGCGUAGCCAUGGACAGGCUGGGCCGGAAGACUACCAACCUGCUCAUCUGCGUGCCGUUCGUGCUGGGCUGGACGGCCGUGUCGAUGGCCACCGGCGUGACUGGUGUGUACGCAGGCCGACUGCUGACGGGCCUGAGCACCGGCCUACUUGGCCCGCCAACGGCCGUAUACAUUGCCGAGGUGACAGAACAGCGUUACCGGGGCGCAGCGCUGGCCAUGAUCUCGUUCUCGGUGUCGGCCGGUAUACUAGUCGUGCACACGAUGGGCACGUUCCUCGGCUGGCGGCUGGUGUCAGCUUUGUGCUCCACCGUGCCGUUCACCGGCUAUGCGCUCAUAUGGUUCACGCCCGAAUCGCCUGUCUGGCUGCGUGAAAACGAGGACAGGCGCCGCCGCGUCCGUCAAUCCUCAGCAGUCUGCAGCGACCACGCGAUUGCCGGUGUACCGCCGCGGCCACCGCCGGAAGUCGACUCGCAGCCGCCAGUACCGGCCGUCAAGCCGACGGCACGCCAGUGCUUCAGUAGGCCGUCGUUUCUAGGGCCGUUGGUCGUACUGUCCACGUUCUUCUUCGUCCAACAGUUCUCGGGUGUCAACGCGGUGGCCUUCUACUCGGUGACACUGCUCAAGCGUGUUGGGCCAGAUCUCAACGAGUACCACUGCACCAUGGCCUUGGACAUAAUUCGGCUGGCCGUGUCCGUGCUGGCCUGUGGCCUGACAAAGCGAUACGGCCGUCGUCCGCUGGCGGUCGUUUCAGCCGUAGGCACCUGCGCGUCUCUGAUUUGCCUGGCCUCAUCGGUCCGCGACGCAGGAGCACCUGCAACCGCAGGGAGCGUGGCCGUCCAUGCGGUCCCGGCACCAGCGGCCACCGCUAGCCUGACCCCCGUCCUGUCCAUCGUUGCGUACAUGGUGUUCGUCAAUAUCGGGUUGGUGCCGUUGCCUUGGAUCAUGUCCGGCGAGAUGUUUCCGGGAUAUUGCCGAGAACUCGGCAGCGGCCUGUCCACGUGCUUCGGGUUCGUCAUGUUCUACGUGGUGAUCCAAAUCAGCCCUUAUCUGCUGACCAACAUCGGCACGGCGAUGACGUUUUACAUUUUCGGCACCGUGGCCGGCGUCGGUGCGAUAUUCCUCUAUCUAUGUCUUCCGGAAACCAAAAACAAAUCAAUGGAAGAUGCGACGUGACGAAUCGCUUGAUCAACGGCAAUAACGGUCCUAUACAUGAAUUAUGCACAACGUUGUCAAAUCAUUUCUGGAUGGAAACGCGGACGACAUCAUUUUACGUUUUUAUCGUUUGGCCGGGAGAUCUCGCCCKGUGUGGUUAUGCCGUUCAAAUCGUUAGAAAUAAUAUUGAUAGUAGUGUGAUACCUAUUUUGAUUGAAUUUUAGCCGAUCGUUUAAUAAAUACAUUAACGAUC